AUGCUGGAAGCUUUUUUGAGCAGAAUGCUCGAAAUUUCCCAGGCGGCUGUGGUCUUCAAAUCAAUAAAAAAUGAGAUCUUGGCGUUCUUUGAAAGUUUAUCUUUAUCUUUACCGGAACGACCUCGACUAAUUGAUUUCGAAAACAGAGUUAUUGAAGAAUUAGAAAAGGAAAUUGAUGUUAGACAACGAUUUACUGGAAUCGAUGUAUUAAAGAUGAUCCAUGUAUUCAGGCUGGAAAUGUCGGAUUCAUGUUAUGAAAAAAUACUAUGUUUGGGUAAAUUGAGCCUCAGUGAAGAAAAGAAGAUCAUAUCAUUUUCAUCGAAUGAUCGAAGCUUCCGGAUAAAGGAACCAACACCGGAAAUUAUCAUAGAAUUCAUGACUACAAUAUGCGAUACGCUCCACCAAUUCAAAACCUUUGUGGAUUUAGCUAAUAGGUUCCAACAGUGGAGAAAAAGAAAAUUUUGGGGACCAGUGGACCACCAUUCAUUUGUGAAUCUAUUCACAAAACUAACUGAAAGGAUUUCUGAAGCAGUCCCCUUCUAUCACUGCCUCAAUCUACAAAAGAAGAUUGAUAACAAGGAAAUAAUAGAUGGACCUUAUUUGAUGAAACUUCGAACUUAUUUCAUCAACGUUGAUCUAGCCGAUUGGCCACAUGAAGAUAUUGUAAUUAGUUUUAGUGCGCCGUCCAAUUGUUUCGAUGCGUUUCGUGAGAAGUUACUUGAAAUACGAAUCAUCAAAGAAGAAAUAUUUGAAACUGAAGAAGUGGGGUCAUCAAAUCCAAAAGGACAAAGUGAGGCUCUUGAAGAUGAAGCUCCAAUGACCAAAAAGGCUAAAAUUGACAACCAGUCACAAUCCAAUUCUCCACACCAACAACAAAACUUGGACACUUUGGAUGCUUCGUUAGACCAGUGUGUCUCUUCGAUAGAUGCAGAUGUGACUGGCCCGUCUACAUCGGGAAAUAUUAUUUCAGAAGAAAACAUAUCGAAUGAUACUCUGAUGGCUGUUGUUCCUUAUUUUUGUCAUUUUGAUGAUCAUGAUUAUCUCCAAUAUAAGGUCGACUUCAUACAAGAACAACAAGAUUUGGAGCCAGUUUCACCGGAACAACAAAUUGAAUCCACAUCUACGUUAGACGAACAUCCGAGUGGAGCUUCAAAUCCAGUUGACGAAAUUGGAGAAGCAAAUCCCUUCGAGAUGGGUAAUGGGCAUCCGAUGGCAAACGGUUCAAUUGGCUUUCUAGAGGAGACUGGAAAUAUCAUAUCUGAUGAGGAACUGAAACCAUCGUCCUCUAACCAGAAACAAGCUGAUGAAGCCUUGCGCCCAGUUCACCAAUCGGAGGUAAUGACCACACAGAAACAAGGAGAAAGUUGCAAUAAAGAGCAACUCAACAAGUUUCUGGAGCUUAUUGAUCAAAUGGUGGCUGCGUUACAAAAAAAUAAUGACACUAUUAACAUCGUCGUUAGCGACGAAUAUUCGAAACUUACAACAAAACCAUUUAUUUCGUUUUUGACAAGAGUUUUUAACUUACUGCGAAACGGCCGCCAGCAUAAGUUUGUUGAUUUAGACAAACGAAUCCUGAUUUAUUUCGCUCAAUAUCAACCCCUCCAUGAAAGCAUAAUCGCCGAGUUAAUUUCAACAGAACGAAUCGACGAUUUUGAGCUUGACUGGCAGGGAAGGAUUACUUACUACCAAUCAGGAGAGUGGCGGCUCGGGGAGAAAAGUAACGUUCAUCAAUCGUUCAAAUUCUUUUGGAAGGAUACAACACCUCUUCAAAGAGAGUUACUAAUUUUGUUGGCAGAUCUCAGCUCACGGAGAAGCUCGAUCAUGUCACUAGAGGAAGUCAUCGAUGAAUUUCAAAAGAUCAAUGCAGAUAUCAGCGACAAUAUAAUUUUUCAAGAGCUUAUCAAUCUGCUUCCCAAACUUCAUCUUGCUCCACAGUAUAGUGUUAAAACGAGAGUUCAAAUGAUUUUCUUGACCCAAUCCAAUCUUAACAAGCAAUUCAAGGCAGAGCUCGACAAAUAUGGCAAGUUGGACUGCGAUGAGUGUAGAAAGAUAGUAAAGUUUGUUACGUCAGAUGACACUUUGAAAAAUCACAAUUGGUCUCUGUCUCUGCAUCGAGACUCUGAAAUAUCAUCUUCAAAUAUGGAUGAGUAUAAUACCACAAUAACUCGACAGAGUCAUCCGUUACUCACUGAUGCAACCUCGCUGCCAGUUCAGGAACGAGGAGAACGGAAUGCGUUCCCGUACAACCAAGUCAUUGAUUCACUUCAUACCAGCUUCUCGAAAUCGGCGUCUAAUGAGAAACCAAUGAAAACUAAUUCCCAAUUCAGUAAUGAAGAAACUGAUGAUUUGAUGGACUAUGUAUUAGGCGAAAUCGAGAAACAUGAAGAUUCUUUCCGCAUGGCAACAACGUGCAAAACGUAUCGAUUGAUGAAAAAAUCUGAAAGAGGAGAAAGUGCAUUGAUCAAAAAAGUACAAAAAGAAAUACGAGGUCGACUUCAAUGUCCGGAUUACUCAGUGGAGGAGAGAAUUUUUAUUAAUUGGUGUCUUAAAUGGCCUCUUCACAACACCAUAGUCAAGGAAUUGAUAUUAAACAAAGAAAUCGAUAACUUUGAAAUUGAUGAGAAAGGUCUCCUCGUUUACUAUGAGUCACCGGAAGAAGGAGGAUUGAGUUUGGGAAUUAAAAGUAAAAAUCCAUCUGUGCACCACCAAUUCUGGAUAAACGCCACGGAAAUUCAGAAGAAAUUGCUGAAUAUCCUGUCAAGCAAAAGGGCAUUAAUAUCGACAGAUGAAAUUAUUGAAGAAUAUCAAGAACAAAACGCGCCGCUUGACAAAGAGCAGAUUCUUGACGAACUGAACCAGCUCCUUCCAAAUCUCCAUUUAGCUCGUCAAUAUGAUUUGAAAACGAGGGCUAAAAUGGUAUUUUGGACACAAUCGAAGCUCCAUGAAAUGUUUGAGAAAGAAUUGAGACAACAUGGAAAGCUAACUCUCGACAACACUCGACGCGUUGUGAAAUAUGUCACUAGCCGGUACACCAAGAAGAUCUACAAAUGGUCUUUAUCCUUCCAAAGAGAAACACCAGAAUAA